ACUGUCUUUUGGCAGGGAGAGUAUGAGCUGACAUAACUAGAGCUAUUGUUGAAGCCUGCUCCCUCCUCUGUGGCAAGAUGCACCUUUAGAAGGGAAUAGAGAGGAAGCUGAAUCAGAAUUUUUCUAAUCUACAAUGUGAAGUAUAAAAUACUACACACCAAGUUCAUGUUUCUCACAGUAGCUACAUGUCUGAGUGAGUUAUGGCAAAGCAUGAAGAAGGAAGAGCAGAAGUUGGAAUUUCUGAGAAGAAACCAACAGAUGUGAGCAGUGUGGAUAGGCACAGCAUAAGCAAAACCACUUGAAGGUUGUAUUAAUGACAGAGGAGGAGCAGUUAAUCCCCACAAGGCUGUAGGUUGUGGAUGUGUACUGGAAAACCAGAGGGUGAGUAACAAUUUCAAGAUGUCAGGUGGUGCAAAAAUCCCGUUCAACAUAAUUGAUACUGCUCUUUCUUCGUUGAAGAACUCCCAGUCCUUCAUCAACUCUGGAAUGGAUAUUGCUACUAAGACUGCCUUAGACCUUGUGGAAAGUUUCAAUGAUGAAGAGGAUGUUAACAGUAUGGAAAAAGUCAUGUUAGAAUUUGCUGCAAUGGACAGAUCUCUUAAUAAUUAUAUAAGAGCAUUUGAGGAAACAGUAAAUCAGGUAAAACGAGAAAAACCAGAAAUUAUACCAGAUUUAGAAAACUUGGUGCAAGAAAAAUUAACUACAAUUGAGAAUAAGAACAGUGACUCAGAUUUGAAAAGCAAUGAAAAAUACAUGUAUUUUAUGGAUCAGCUUAAAGAGAUGAAAAAACAAUUUCGUCAGAUAUCAGAUGAUGAUGAUGAGACCAUUGAACAAAUCGAUGAAGAUAUAGCUGUGACUCGGAGUCAGAUGAACUUUAUUUGUCCCAUUACACAGAUGGAAAUGAGGAGGCCGGUGCGAAACAAGGUCUGUGGACAUACUUAUGAAGAAGAGGCCAUUGUAGAAAUUAUCCAGUCUCGAAAGCAGAGAAAGAAAAAAGUCCGAUGCCCUAAAAUGGGCUGUAGCCAUGAUGAUGUAAAAAGAUCAGAUCUUGUGCCAGAUGAAGCACUUAAAAGAGUGAUUGACAGUCAGAAUAAAUAAAGCUGGUCAACAUUGGACGAGUGAGCUGGAUACCUACUGCCACAAAGGAAAAUUUGUUAUUGGAGGUCUUGUGAGAUAAGCUGCUGAUUAUAUGUAGGUUGUGAGACUGAUUGUUAUUUUUUAAGUGUUAAGUGUUUAAUUUGUAGGCAAAUCAUUGUUAAGUGUUUCAUUUACAGGCAAAGUUGAAGGCCUCAACUCUAACUGAAAGCAUUUUUUGAACUAAUGAAUGUAAGGAAUUCCGUUUUGUUUGGGGUAUUUUGACCUUCCUGAAUUUCUAAACACUUGCAUUUUAUAAAUAAAACAUGCUUUGCAGCAUUUAA